AUUUAUCUAUUUCAAAUCAAAAUAAUCUCAUUUUAAUUUUUUUAUAAUUAUAUAUUGAAAAUAAUCCGUUUGAGUAUAGUUAGGCAAUAUUUUAAAUAGUUUUUGCUUCGGCCUUACGUAAUUUAGCGCUUAUGUGGUUACGUAACCCGACAUAACCUCUUUUUUUAACCUAAAAAAUGGCAGGAGCGACUGCCAGCUACAAGAGAAUUUUACAAUUGCUUGAAAAGUGGCCUGUUGAGGAGGGUAAAGUCGGCAGAGAUUUGGGCGAGUUUCUCCGAACCAAGAUCACCAAAGCGUACAAAGAAAACAAAUUUGAGGCCAACCAGAAGUACUGGGACAGUCAGUACAUCUCACUACAACGCCUAGUCAACAACGACUAUAAUAACAAAUACCCUCGACUUCUCUCGUCGUCUGCCACAGGCCUGACCGCUGAGCAGUGUAAAUUAGCCCUUUCAAACGAAUUUCUUAAAGAAUUACAAGAGGAGGAUCGGCCCUUUUACAAGAAAAUAUUCUCAUUUAAAUCCAGAGACAAGUAA